AUGGAGGAGAGUUUUGGGGGUAUGUAUCGGUUGCUUUCUUCUCCUUUAUCCAGACUGACAGGUUCAAGAGAAGUGCUUUUCCUAAGUCGGUGGAUAGACUGCCGUCGAGGCGUCACGACAGCAGGAGAGGACAUCACCCAUUCGGUUGCUGGAGAUGUGGGCGUCAGCAACCUCGAGAAAGUGGCUUCUUUGCCUGUGCAGGCGGGAGAACAGGGUGAAGGCAGCGGCGCGGAGAAUGCAGCGAAAGAGGCGGCAGUGGCUGCAUCAGCAACAGACAUGCCCCAUGAGCUCAGGAGACAGAUGUACCACGAGGCCCACGCCUUCAGACACUCUCCUCUCUUUACGCAAAAGGUCCGUAUGGAGAACAAGUUGGACGAGCACGAGCUGCUUCGUGUACAGCUGGAGGCGUUGGAUUACCAAGAGAAGCACGGGGUGUUGCUGACAGAAGGAGAUUUCUAUUACCGCUACCCUCAGUCUUUCGACCCCUCAGCGCGGCCAAAACCUGAUGGAGAGGAUGGGCAGCCGCAAUGGGCUCCCUUUAGAGAGCAGGGCAUUGCGGGCCCCUCUCUCUCUACAGUUCAGGCUGCUGGAGGACAGGGAGGAGGACCCAUCUACGGCGCACAGGACGGAGGGGAAACUCAGAGCCAGUGGCAGAGUUGGCUGCAGAGGCAGAGGAGGCGUGGCUGGUACUCCUCUACGACUUUAGUAUAUUCAACGCUCUUUGGGGCCGUCGUGGGGGCCUCAAACUUCACUACCUACUGGCAGCAGCUGCAAAUCUGGAGAAGCUCUAUGUUUUUCCUACCGUACCUGCUGUUCCUCUUCACUGUUGGGCUGCCGACGCUUCAGUUAGAGCUCGUUCUUGGGAAUCUCUUGCGUGGCGCUGCUAUCAAGCAGAACACGCAGCUCAGCCGUUGGCUGGUAGGGCUGGGCAUUUUGCAGGUGUUGACAUCCUUAUCAUUUGUCAUUAUCACUGCGGUUUUGAGUGGGCAGCUACUGAUUUACUUUGUUUCGAGCUUUUCUAGACCGCAGCCCUGGCAAGUCACCGUGAGCGAUAUGGAGCUUUGCAACGGCUUUCAUGGAAAUAAGGUGGACUGCAAUGCAGCUGGCCAUGGGGUGCUUUGUUCUUACGUCCCUGACACCAACAUCUGCAUUGCUUCUCCCACCGGCAAGGCAACGUUGCACUAUCUGGAGGAACUGCAGCCAUCCACACUCGACAGCAGCCUAGAUCCCGAUGCAUUAAGACCAAAAGCACUAGCCACUCUGGCUUUCGUGUGGCUGUACAUCCUCGCGUACAUGUGGAGAGGCCUGUUUAAAGCUGGGUUCCCUUCUGCUAUCUUGAUGAUCAUCGCAAUGGUCCUUUGCGCAACUCUGGCCGCUGUUUCCUUCUUCGUGGGAACCGAUGGCAGCGUGCAUGUUGCCUCAGCGAUUUCUGCAACCUUUGACUGGCGACCUCUCAUCCACGGUUUCUUUGAUGCAGCGUAUUCUGCUUCGCUUGUUCGCUACAUAUGCCAAGAUCUUUGCCUCGGCUGUUGCAUUUUAGGCACUGUUUCGAGCUACACAAAGAUCGGCUUCAACACGUACCCCAGCGGCGUAUUUACGUGCAUCGUGGAGUUCCUGAUGGCUCUGGUGCCUUUUGUUUCUCUCCUGUCAAUCGUCGGGAAUCUCCAAGCGGUCACUGAUAUUCCUCUCGCUGAAAUCAUAAGGAAGACAGGCACCGCCCCCGCCUACUUUGUGGUUUUCCCUGCUGCCUUCGAAAAAGUUUCCUCUCCUUACCUGUUCGGCCUCUUUUUUUACGGAGGCGUUUUCCUAAUCAACACGCAAGUUGCGGCUAUCGGAAUUCACUCUGUUUUUAACGCCGUUCUGGAAUCACGCCUCGUCAAUAAUUGUUGGCGGAGGGUCACGAGCACAGUAAUUGUGAUGAUCUGUUACUGCAUUUCCCUCCCCUUCUGCGCAAACAACCAAGAAGUUAGACUCCAAUACAUGUCCUACAUCGUAGAAUGGCUACUUGUCCCUAUUUCUGUUUUCUGCACGACGUUCUACGUUGGAUGGGUCAUGGGUUUUCAGCGGCAGGCAACGAUUGUUGGUCUAAAAGCGUGUAUCCUUUUCGGUGGGUUGUGCUCCAUCGUGGGGGCGUGCUACAUUAUUGCAGUGUUUUGCUGCCAAGAUAGCGUCUUCUUGCCCACCUGGGUGAUGAUUUUCGUCAAUGCUUUGAUUGCCGUCGGCGUAGCCGCAUUCAUAAAAGACCCGGAAGCGCAGGCCAAGACCUUUAAGGAACGUUUCCUAGCAUUGUACUUGGGCGGAGUGCGGGAUCUGUGCAACGAGGUCUCGCGAGUAACCCUCUUCUUCCCUCAGCACAACAUGGCUGGAACAUCUGUUAUUGGCCUUCUCCCCACACUGUUCUGUGGUUGCUUGACGAGACCAUUCUUUAUGUUCCGCCCAUCAACGUACUGGUGUGUGUGUAUCAAGCACUUGGUACCUUUUGUCAUGCUUGUGACAAUUUCUGACGCAUGCCAUCGCUUCGACAUGCAUUGGGAUUCGAUGAAGAGGUCGCCCAACAUGAGGAAUUUCGGCGCUGCUUUGCUUGGGAUGGCAGCAUUCUUCUUCGUUUUAACGCCACUAAUCCCCAAAGUACGAGACUGGGUGAGGCCUGUUGCCGAGGACUACAUGUCAACCUUGGCAUUUCCAAGCCACCCGUUCGUGCCUUGGCGCCGAAUGUCUCUCUUAUCACUGAUGCCCACACUGUUUCGAGAGCAUCUUGCUCGUUCGACAGAACCCUCGGCAAUUGUCAAGAGCCUCGUGCUCGAGUACAAGAAGCAGAGGCUGCCUUUCAUGACCUCCUUCCCCGCAGAAGGCGGAGCUGGCCUUUCGGAAGUCGAACUAGCUCUGCAGCAGCCACGCCUUCGCGAUAGCUUAGAUCUUCAGCCGAGGCAGCAGCAAACCCAGCAGCUAUCCUUCGGCAGCAAGACGUCAGAGGACAGGAAGCUGUGA